AUGUCAAGGGCAGAGGCCAUGACUCGCCUAGCUGGGUUGUUAAUCCUACUCUUACUUGUUUCAAAGCCAGCUGUGUCUGAAACUGUACUUGAUAUUAAUUGCAGUGCAGUGAUUACGUCCUUAACUCCAUGCCUGGAUUAUAUACAGGACAAAGCAGACAAGCCUUCACCCACUUGUUGUGAUGGGAUGAACUCAGUUGUUGGCACCGUCAAAUCCAAGGCCGAUAGGGAAGCUUUGUGCGACUGUCUUAAGCAAACCUUGUCAAACAUAAAAUAUGAUCCUGCUCGCAUUUCUGCACUUCCCAAGCAAUGUGGAUUGCCCAUCGAUAUUCCUCCGAUUACACCCACCACCGACUGCACCAAGUUUCUUUAA